AUGUCUGAUACGCUGCAGUUUGAUGCAAAAACUGAGAGCCUGAAACCUCGAUUCGAAUUCGGUGCGCCGUAUGAGCCAAAUGUUUCCUACCAUUUCAAUAGUGACGUUUCGCAAUUUCAUUAUGGAGUACGGCACCCUAUGAAACCGUUCAGACUUAUGCUGACAGACCACUUAGUUUCUUCCUAUGGCCUCCAUAAAAUUAUGGAUCUUUACGAAACGCGACCUGCCACGCGCGAAGAGCUUUGUGAGUUUCACGCCGAUGAUUACGUGGAAUUUCUAGCAAAGGUGUCCCCUGAUAACCUUUCAAAGCUACCGCGCGGGACACUAGAAAAGUUUAAUAUAGGAGAUGAUUGCCCGAUAUUCCAGGGUCUUUAUCAGUAUUCUACGCUCUACGCGGGUGCUUCUCUUGACGCGACGCGCAAGCUCAUCAACGGCCAAUCUGAAAUAGCUAUCAACUGGUCAGGCGGGCUACACCAUGCGAAGAAGAGCAGUCCCUCUGGCUUCUGCUAUGUGAAUGAUAUCGUCCUGAGCGUUUUGAACCUUUUACGCUACCACCCCCGGGUCCUGUACAUUGAUAUUGAUCUCCACCAUGGAGACGGCGUCCAAGAGGCAUUCUACACCACGGAUCGGGUCUUCACGGUUUCGUUUCAUAAGUACAACGGCGAGUUUUUUCCUGGAACUGGAAACCUCGAUGAAACAGGUUGUUCGCGAGGAAAGCAUUUCGCCCUAAACGUCCCUCUAGAAGAUGGUAUUGACGACGAUUCAUACAUUAACUUGUUCAAAAGCAUUAUAGAUCCAUUGAUAACCUCUUUCAAACCUACAGUUAUUAUUCAGCAAUGCGGUGCAGAUUCUCUAGGCCAUGAUCGACUAGGUUGUUUCAACCUAAACGUCAAGGCGCACGGAGAGUGCGUUAGAUUUGUCAAGUCUUUCGGGAUCCCAAUGUUAGUAUUAGGCGGCGGUGGAUACACCCCAAGGAACGUUUCACGGUUGUGGACUUACGAAACGGCGCUUCUCAAUGGCGUGAGUGUUCCACAGGAAAUCCCCGAGGAUAUCCCCUUCCGUGACUGGUUUGGCCCGGACUACACUCUGCAUCCGACACUAGACGAUCUUUAUGAAAAUAAAAACUCCAAAAAGUUUCUGGAGAAUGUCAGGAUACGAUGUCUGGAAAACAUCAGGUUUCUACAAGGAGCUCCUAGUGUGCGAAUGGAUCAAGAAGUUAUUCCUAGUCAGGACUUAAGUGCUUUGACACAAGAAGAGGAAGACGCCAUCAAAGAGCUCAACGAAGAAACUGACAGAUUGCGACUAGAACAAAUGGAAAAAGAUAGCAUGAGAAUAGGCGAACUCUAUUAA